AUGUUACUACUUCUCGCCGCUCCUGUCUCUAUACAACAUGCCAAGUACAAGCGCGACCUAGCAACGAUUCAAGCUGCCCUGAACACAAUCAACUCUGCGCUUCAAGGUCUCGAUAACUCUGUGAAAGCCACCAACACGGUCACCCUCGGAGGCGGGAUCCAGCUUUUGAACGCCGUCGGCAACGUAAAGAGUUCCAUUGAAGACGCCACGACCCAGGUCCAGGGAUCUGAGGUCCUCAACAAAAAGGAUGCGCUCAACCUCAAGGCUGCUACGGAUGCUCUCACAAAUAACGUCAAGGUCACCAUCAAUGACGUUGUAGCGAAGAAGUCUCUGGUUGACUCUCUGGGCGCAACACCGCUGGUGGCUGUUGCUCUUCAGGAUCAAAAGUCUGCUAGUGUCGCCCUCGCCCAGGCUCUUGUCAGCAAGGUCCCUCCCGAACUUAAUGGUGAUGCGCAAAAGAGCGCGACAGCUCUCAGCACCGUUCUGGACCAAGGCAUUGGCGUCUUUGGCGGCACCUCAGUUCCGCCUCUUCCCGCCGCACCUCCACCAGGUCCACCGGCCGCCCCUCCCGGUGCCACGACUGUUUGCCAAGCCGUUAUGCCGGACGGCACUGCCGUUGGGCUAGCGACUGCCAUCGACAAUCCCCCGCCUCCCCCCCCUGCUGCUGCCCCGGAGGCUCCAGCAGAAGCUCCGGCGGCGGGACCAGGUGGUGGAGGAGGAUUACUGGGUGGACUAAUGGGAUUGCUUGGCCUAAGGAAGCAUUAA